AUGGCAGAUCGAGAGGUCUCAGAAGCUCCUUCCAACAGCAACACUUUUAAGUUUUGUGAUUAUGUGAGUAUGGGGGAAGAGAAUACUCCAACUACCCACAUUAAAGCAGCUUCUUUUUAUGGUGAAAGCUAUGUGGAGCUCAGUACCAUAGAAGUUUCCUCUGAGUUAUCUCUUCGAUUGAAAUUUCAAACCAGCAAACCACAGGGAUUACUUUUUCUUGCAGCUGGGAAAAAUGACUACUGUAUAAUAGAACUUCUCUCAGGAAAUUUAUGGGUGAGAGUGAAUCUUGGGGCAGGUGAACAAGUACGCCUUUCUGAACAGAGACUUCAUGUGGAUGACUUGACCUGGCAUUUAGUGGAACUGUACUGUGUUAAGGAUACUAUCUCUCUGAUUGUUGACAAACAUUAUGAGACGACUCGCCAGGUCACUGGUGGGAUGCACAAUUUGCACUUUCAACAUGGAGUCUACGUAGGAGGCCACAGCGGACUUGAUGUCCCUUACCUAGUUGAAGAGUUCCCCAAUUUCCGUGGAUGUGUGGAGGAUGUGGUAUUUAACCGGAGGGAGAUCCUUACAUCUCUUAGAUCUUACCCUGGUUUUAAGAAGGUCUAUGAGGUGUCACUGGGAUGCAGUGAUGAAUUUUUUGCAGGAGAGGGUGAAGCCAUCAAUUUCUUUAGCUCCAGAUCCUAUGUCACCUUCCCACAAUGGAAGGUGCAAGGGGAAGGGCUGUUGGAAUUUGCUCUUCAGACUGGAACUCAACAAGCCUUGAUUUUAUUUCAGUCAGGUAGAGAAGGAGAGUUCGUCGCUUUGGAAAUUGUUAAAGGUGUAUUGAGGGCUCAUGUAGGAAGGAGUAAAAGUAAUACUCAGCUCUCUUCUUUUAGCUUAGUGAGUGAUGACAAGUGGCAUGUUAUUCAACUCAGAUUCACUGAAAGGCAUCUGGACCUGAUGGUGGAUGAACAAGGGGUAAGGGCAUCACUGCCUUUGAAAGGCAAACUGUUUGUAUCUGAAGGCCCCCUCUUCGUGGGAGGUCUUGAUAACCACAAGAGAGAAGAAGUUAAGAAGUUAGAACUUGCCUCUGUGCCUAGGAAAUCUCGAGGAAUCUCUUUCAAAGGAUGCUUAAAAGGCUUGGAAGUCAACUCAGAAAAGAAGGCAUUAAAGGAUGCCCUCGUUUCCAAAGAUAUAUCUGUUGGGUGUAAAAUGAAAUCUCGUGAUGCCGAAAAUCUUUCCAUAACAACAACAGAAAAUGCGCUUCGGUCAGAAGUUCUCCUUCCCACUGCUAUUCCUGAGACUGGCAAGCUUUUCCUUCAAGAUGCGAGUAGCUCUUUCUUAGUUCUGAAUAACUUGGAGGUCCAAGAAGGUGGGCAAGCCUUGCUGGAACAAAGGCAUGUGAAAAUGGGUAUGCAAUUUAAAGAUUUGGGUAUCCACCAUUCUCAAAUACUAUUUAAAAUAAAGGAAAUGCCUAUUCAUGGGUUCCUUCGAUUAGCUGUUUCCCCUGAACAGGAGAUGGAGAAGGCUUUUACUCUGUUAGAUUUGGGGCAAGGGAAAGUUCGGUAUAUCCAUGAUGGUUCAGAAGAAGCUAGGGAUUACUUCACAUUUUCAGUCUCUUCCAAGAGCAAGGAGGAAAUGCCUUUGUAUCUACAAGGUCACGUUCCCUAUGUGUUUAACAUUAUUGUCAUUCCAGUAAAUGACCCCCCAUACCUUAAACUCCCUGAAGGAAACUUGCUUCUCCUGUUUGAGAACUCGAAGAAGCGACUGACUCCAAAUAUAAUCCAUGUGUCAGACCCUGACACAGAUUCCUUGAAUCUUAGUUUUUUGGUUCUUGGCAACUUCGAUUCAGAUGCUGGAUUUUUAGAAAAUACCAAUGAUCCCGGGAGAGCCAUUAAUAGCUUUACCCAUGGGGAUUUAAAAGAUGGCAACAUUUUCUAUGUGCACAGAGGCCAUCGGAAUUCUCGGAUCCUUCUCAGAGCAAGUGAUGGCGAGUUAGUUAGCAAUACAGUGGUGUUACGGGUCAUGGCUGUUCCUUUGGACUUUGAAGUGGCCAAUAGAACAGGGGUGGUCGUACGGCAGGGUGACACAGUUCUGAUUACACAGAGCAACUUGUCAGUGGCAGUUAACGGUGAACAUCAUGAGAUGGAGACCCACUACAUUAUCACUCGUCUACCUCAGUUUGGCCAGAUUCAGCGGCAGGAGUCAAGUGGAGAAUGGAAACAAGUUAGUACCUUUUCUCAGCAUUCCAUUGAUCGGAGUCAGAUCCGGUACUGCAGUACAUUCAAAGAAUUACAGCUAGAAAAUGUUACAGAUUACUUUAAAUUUAAAGUUAACAUAGAAGGAAAAAUGAGUGGGGAGCUGAUGUUUCCUGUUACUGUACAGUGGCUAAAGUUUACACUUCUGAAAAAUGUUCCUCUCGAGAUCGAUAAAAUGAACAGACAAGUAUUGAAUUGUGAUCACUUACAGGCUGUAACAGAGGGUGUGGAAGUAGCUGAGAAGGAACUACAUUUUAAGUUACAGACCCCACCUAAGAAAGGAAAAUUGCUACUUGGCAAUAAAAUUCUAAAAACAAACUCAAUCUUCAGCCAACAUGACAUUACAGACUCAAAGGUAAGUUAUGAACCACAGGAGAGGCCUAGGGAAGACACACAAGAUACUUUUAGGUUCUCGAUUGUUGCAAAGCACAUAGAAUCAAAAGAUUAUACUUUCACAAUAAACUUAAAAACUGCUAAGACAAACAUUAUUUUAACUAACAGAGGAUUAUUUGUAAAAGAAGGAGAAGGGAAGUUAAUUACGAAAUCGGAAUUAUUCGCUCAAACCCUGGAUAAUCAGACCUUCCAAUAUAAACUCACCAGGAGUCCUCAACAUGGGAAGCUGAAACUGGUUAACUUUUCAGAUUCUCUGGGAAGUCAUGACAAUAUCACUACAUUCACUAAUGAAGACAUAGUGGGUGAGCGGCUGAUGUAUGUUCACGAUGACUCUGAGACCCAGUGGGAUGAAUUCCUCCUUGUAGCCUCUACUAUGAGCCAAGAAGGAGUGGUCAGGGGUCUUGACAUGGAGCAUUUGUCUACAGAACUCAAAGUCAUCAUUUCUGUUGGGCUAAAAAAUGAUGAGAGACCCGUGCGUGUGGUAGAUAAGGUCUUCCAUGUUGUGCGGAAUGGUCAGCGUUUAUUGACACUGGCAGAUCUCUGUUACCAUGACCCUGACUCAGACUUUGAUGAUGGGCAGUUGCUGUACACCCGGCGGGGCAUCCCAAAUGGGGACUUAGUGUGGACCAGUGACCCCACUCAGAAACUCUACCAGUUCAGGCAAGACGACCUACAAGCAGGGCGCGUGCUCUUCAGGCAUCAGGGUGCAGAUUCAGCCCGCUUUGUGCUGUUUGUGACAGAUGGCAUCCACUACACGUCGUCUCUUCUUGAGGUCCGUGUGUCAGACCCCUACAUCCAAUUAGCCAACAACACGGGGCUGCUCGUACAGAGAGGAAAAGACUGCAGGCUCACAGCAGCCAACCUUAGUGUCACCACAAACCAAGAUAUUAGAACGAACCACGAGAUUGAAUUCCAUAUCGUGCAGCCCGCAAAGCAUGGCAGAGUGCUGGUCAACAACUCUGUGUCCCACUCAUUUACCCAGCAUGACUUGAUGCAAGGACAUGUGGUUUAUAGGCACGAUGGCAGUGGCAACUUUGAUGUGUUCAACCUGACAGUGAAAGUUAAAGAAACAUAUUUAGAAGUGAGUGUCUAUGUGCGAGUGUCCUUGGAAAACCACCAGCAACCCACCCAGGUUCUACACAGCAAGACCCUUGUAAUUGAAGAAGGAAAAUCAGUAAAACUGGGUAGAGGAAAGCUCCAGGCUGUGCAUGAAGAUAAUAUUCCUUCAGAGGCAACGUUCAUUGUCAGAACUCCACCAACACAUGGCUACCUCCGAAAAUCUUUACUAGAAGAAAGCAGCUUGGGUGCAAAUGAAAAGUCCCCUUUGAUUUUUACACAACAGGAUAUUGAUGAUGGUAACAUCUAUUAUGUGCAGACAGCUCCUGACCAACAAAAGGACCGUUUUUUACUGGAUGUGAUGAAUGGUUUCCAAGCUGUGAGUGGAGUUGAAAUCUUGGUGGAUAUUGUUCCUAAGCAGAUUCCUCUGGAGGUACGAAACUUCACAGUCCAAGAAGGUGGUUCCAGAGCACUCCUGGAAGAUGACCUCAAAAUUCCAAGCAAAUACUUUGAAGGGCUUGACUGCGAAUUUGUUCUUCUCAAACCACCAAAACAUGGUUAUGUUGAAAAUUCUCAUUUUCCAAGAGUAAAGCUAAUGAAAUUUACCAGGAAACAGCCCCUGCAACAUCCUGGCUACCCAGUUAUAGAGGAACUUCACACUGUCAGUGUCCUUCUGAAAGUGGAGAAUGAAUUAAUUUACUAUGUUCAUGAUGAUAGUGAGGAACUUCUUGACAAUUUCACCGUCUUUGCAAAUAGCUUAGAGCUGGGAAAACAGAGUUUUCCCCAAACUCUUUUUGUGACUGUUGAAUCAAUAAAUGAUGAGGCUCCAGUAAUAACAGCCAAUAAAAUUCUCCAGGUGUGGGUGAAUUCUGUCACUGAAAUUACCAGUAGUGACCUCUGUGCGGAAGAUGGGGACUCAUCCCCACAGGACCUUGCCUACUGGGUCACUCCACCCAGCAACGGACAUUUGGCUCUCAAGUCCUUUCCUGGCCAGAGCAUCCAGAACUUCACCCAGGUUCAAAUCAACAAUGGCCAGCUAGUGUUUGUACACACUGGAGCCAUGUCAGGAGGCUUUAAUUUUCAGGUUACUGAUGGUUUGAACUUUGCACCACGACAAAUUUUUAGCAUCACAGCUCGAGCUCUGAUCAUUAGCUUAGAAGUAAACAGAGGACUGAGCAUCUUUCCAGGUUCCAUGAAGCCCCUUUCCUCUCGUGACCUGAGAGCUGUGACCAAUGACGAGGACAGUGCAGGAAACAGAACUAUAACUUUUAUGGUUAUAAGUUCCCCUAGACUUGGGAAGCUGAUGCGAGUAAAUCCUGACAACAGCACCGAGCAUGUUUCCGUGUUUACGCAGGAUCUGGCAAUUACUCAUUUCAUUGUGCUGGUUGUAAAACUGGACAUGUAG